AUAUCAAAACUCCCUCCAUCCUCCACCGUCGCUCUAUCCUCUCGUUCCCGGGCCCUGCCUGUUGGACUCUCCGCCAGAAGGAGGUUGCCGAUAAAUCAGAACGCAUUGAAAGGAUGACAAGCCGUCACCUGCCAUAGAGAGAGAGAGAGAGAGUGUGUGUGUUCGUUUGCGUUCGCUGCUAUAAGGAAUCGAUUGAACUGGAAAAUGAGGGCGACUUUGCCGGAAAGGAAAACGGUUACCGGCCGUCUCGACCUUUUUCACGGUGUGACGCCGCUCGCCCGGCGCAAAUCACCGCUGUCCUAUUUCCCGACGCGUUCGCCGCGUAAAUUGGCAUCCCUCGAGCUCUCGCGCUUCAGUUUUCUGCCUGGUUUGAAGGUAGUGAAAGCAAGCAUUUCAAGAGGAACAGAUGCUGUAGUGGACACUCUAUCGAGGAUGGAGUGUUCUGAUUUUCCAGUUGAAAUUUGUGAAACCCGUACCCUGCCCCCUGCCCUUACACUACGGGAUGGUGUAAUGGCUCUUCGUGAAGCCAUUACAAAUCUGAAAUUGGACCCUCCUUGUCUGAAAAGUGGCGUCCUGAGAUACCAGAUUGCUGUGCCUCCAAGCAUAAAGGCUCUAGACUGGAUUAUAUGCCAACUACAGUCACAUCAAAUGCUCCCACAAAUUUAUUUUUCUCAAAAGCCAAGAGAUGACUUCAUGCACGAAUCAAAUGCAUUGCUCGGAGUAAUGGCACUCUCUGGAAUCGGGUGUGCAGUUUAUUUUGAAGGGUCUGAGUUUCCUAAUGAAUUUAUGAAAAUGAAAAGGUUUUUGGCAGCAGAUUCACCCUCUAUAAGGGCAUAUGGAUGCAGAUUUCAAAAGUCACAUGAGGAUUCAUCCAGGUGUGAUGUGAAAUAUUAUUUUUUUAUUCCUCAGAUUGAACUUGUUGAAUUCCACAACGGCUCCCUGAUUGCAGCUACUUUGGCUUGGGAUGAAUUUUCAGCCAAUGGUUUUGAGAAAUCCAUUCUUUCUCUUGAGCUGUCACUUAACCAGAUAGUUUUACAUGUUAUGGUGAUGAAAGAUGCCUGCUAUGACAGAUGGUGGAAUCAGUCUCAUGAUAACUUGGAUGUAGAAGAUGAAUCAUCUGCAAAACUGGUAAUCCUUUCUGCAAAUUCUUGCUUUGGAACAGUGGAUUGUAAUGAUGUCCUUGUACUGGAUGUAUCUCAAGGCUGCCAUCGCUUCUAUUUCCGCUUAUCAGCAAUGACUGCUUUCACUAGAAACAUGGAUAAUGCUCCUGUUCCCUUCACUGGCACUCUGGAGAGUUGUUUGAACAUUAAUUCAUUGUGGGCGACCCUUAUUGUGGAAGAGUGCUGUCGACUUGGAUUAACAUACUUUUGUAUUGCACCUGGUUCAAGAUCGUCUCCACUUGCAGUUGCUGCUGCAAGUCAUCCUAAUGCCACAUGUAUUUCUUGUUUCGAUGAAAGAUCACUUGCAUUCCAUGCCGUUGGAUAUGCAAGAGGUUCUUGUGGACCUGCAGUUGUGAUCACAUCAUCAGGCACUGCAGUAUCAAAUCUAUUACCAGCUGUGGUGGAAGCAAGUGAGGAUUUUGUCCCACUUUUGUUACUUACAGCUGAUCGCCCUCCAGAACUGCAAGAUGUGGGAGCAAAUCAAGCAAUUAACCAGGUCAACCAUUUUGGUUCAUUUGUGAGAUAUUUCUUCAGUCUUCCUCCUCCGGAUGAUCAUAUUCCAGCAAAGAUUGUAUUGACAACUAUAGAUUCUGCGGUCCAUCAUGCAACAAUUUCACCCUGUGGCCCUGUACAUAUUAACUGUCCCUUUCGAGAACCAUUGCAUAAUGGUUAUGAAAGAUGGGAUGCAAGUUGCUUAGUAGGAACAAAUUUGUGGACUUCCAAAGUUAAACCUUUCACCAAGUAUAUUAGUAUUGCACAUGCUUCAGUAUUCAGUUAUGAAGGCGAUAUUUCAGAGCAAUUGAAGGAGGUAUUGAACUUAAUUAAUGGGGCAGCUCAAGGGCUUUUAGUGCUUGGUGGAAUUCAUUCUGAAGAUGAUAUCUGGGCAGUACUUCUACUUGCUCAGCACUUACGUUGGCCAGUAGCGCCUGAUAUUUUAUCAGGUUUGAGACAACGGAAAGUAAUGACAAGUCUUCUAGAUUCUGAGAAGAAGUUUAUGUUCAUUGACCAUUUAGAUCAUGCUCUACUAUCAGAAUCUGUAAGGGCAUACAUAAAGCCUGACGUUGUUGUGCAGAUAGGAAGCAGGCUAACUAGCAAAAGGAUUGCAAGAAUGUUGGAGAUGUGCAGCCCUCAAUCCUACAUUAUGGUUGAGAAGCAUCCACAUCGUCAUGAUCCUUCUCAUAUUGUUACUCACAGGAUCCAGUGCAGCAUCGUUGAAUUUGCUUCUGUAAUAUUGAAAUUCGUCCAACCAAGUACAAGAAGCAAUUGGUGCACUUGGCUGCAGGCAUUGAAUGCAAUGGUUGCAUGGGAGAUAUCAUUUCGACUACAUGCCGAGGAAUCACUGUCCGAACCUUUUGUGGCACAAGUGGUGUCUGAAGCGCUAUAUCCUGAUGCUGCCAUGUUUCUUGGAAAUAGCAUGAUAAUAAGAGAUUUUGACAAUUAUGCUCAUACUUGGAUGCAAAGUGAUGAACGUGGUGCAUAUAAAUUCACCAAGUUAGGAGUUCCCAGCAUUGGCGUAAGGGUUGCAGGAAACAGGGGUGCCAGUGGCAUUGAUGGGCUGCUUAGCACAGCUAUUGGCUUUGCUGUAGGCAGCAAGAAGCGAGUGCUAGUUGUCAUUGGAGACAUGUCCUUCCUUCAUGAUACAAAUGGGUUGGCAAUUCUAAAUCAAAGGAUGUUGAGGAAACCUGUUACCAUAGUGGUGAUCAACAACCGUGGAGGUGCAAUAUUUAGAUUACUUCCAAUUGCAGAUAGAACACCGGCUAGUAUAAUGGAAAGAUAUUUUUACACAUCUCAUGAUGUGAAAGUUGCAGAGCUGUGCAUGGCUCAUGGUGUAAAACAUCUGCAGGUUCAGACAAAGAAAGAACUUCAAGAUGCAUUAGCAUUAUCACAUCAAAGUCUUUCAGAUUGCGUAAUUGAAGUCAACAGUUUUAUUGAAAAGAAUGCCACAUUUCACAGUGACUUACAAAAGUUCGCUCAACAAGCAGCUGAGAGUACACUGGCCACUCUUUUGAAGAUAUCUGGUGUCUCUUACUCCAAUAUUGACUCACCUUGCAGAAUUAUGAAAAUGCAAUAUUCAUUAUACAGAAUUCUGCUUUCUGCACCCACCACAGCUACCAAAGUCAAUGAUAGAACUGAGAGGUGCUAUAGAGAGGGGUUCGUUUUAACAUUGUAUCUUCAAAAUGGAAACAUGGGAAUUGGAGAGGUAGCCCCAAUGGAGAUCCAUAGUGAAGAUCUUGUGGAUGUGGAAGAACAACUAAGAUUUCUGUGCCACAGAAUUCAGGGAGUGGAGUUAAGCCCUUUAUUGCCUUUAUUCAGGGGCUCUUUUGCAUUGUGGAUGUGGAGAACUAUUGGAAUACAGCCAUCUACCAUUUUCCCUAGUGUCAGGUGUGGUUUAGAGAUGGCGGUCCUGAAUGCACUAGCAGCUGUAAAAAAUUCUAGCAUGUUAGAUCUGAUAUUAGGUGGUGAAUCCUUGCACAUCUACAGAAUGGAUACAGCGGGAAAAUGCAUUUCAAAUGCAACAAGAGUGCAGACGUGUGCUCUUGUUGAUUCCGAUGGUUCAGCCGAGGACAUUAUAGAUAGAGUUUCUCAACUUGUUAAAGAUGGCUUCUCAACUGUCAAGCUGAAGGUUGCUCGAAGAGCAAGUCCUUCUGAAGAUGCUGCUAUUAUCCAGGCUAUUCGGAACAGAUUAGGAUAUCAAAUAAAUAUUAGAGUAGAUGCUAACAGAAUGUGGACAUUUGAAGAAGCCAUAGAGUUUGGAAAGUGUAUUGCCAGCGAUUCUUUGCAGUACAUUGAGGAACCUGUGCAGAAUGAGGAGGAUAUUGUCAGAUUUUGUGAGGAAACCAGUCUACCUGUUGCUUUGGAUGAAACAAUUGACAAUUUCAAAGGAGAUAUUUACAAGCUCACAAAAUUUUUACAUCCUGGAAUAGUUGCUUUUGUCAUCAAGCCAAGCUAUAUUGGUGGCUUUGAAAAUUCAUCACUCAUUGCAGAGUGGGCAGAACAGCAUGGUAAGAUGGCUGUUAUUAGUGGGGCUUUUGAGAGCAGCAUAAGCUUAUCUGCUUAUGUUCAGUUUGCCUUCUAUAUUGACUGGAAAAGGAUGGAAUACCACAAGAUGAGGGAUAUGGGCCCAGCACCAGCUGUUGCUCAUGGUCUUGGAACAUAUCAGUGGCUACAGGAGGAUGUCAUCAUCAAACCACUCAAGUUUGCGCUUCAUCCACAUGGCAACUCAGUGGAAGCAUCAGUAGAAGAUGCAAAACAUGUUUUUCACAACUUUCAGAUCAACCAUGAUAGGGUCCGAAGAAGUUAUGCACAGGGAAAGAUUAAUUCAUAUAGUUUAACAGCAAAAGUCAAGGAUCUCUUGUACUCCCUUCAGGUUCUCGACACCGGGAAAAGAGAAGAUGAUGGAGAGGCAAUUGUUUUUCUUCAUGGCUUUCUGGGAACUUCUGAAGACUGGACUCCAAUGAUGGAGGCCAUUUCAGCAACUAGAAGAUGCAUUUCAUUUGAUCUGCCAGGCCAUGGAAAAUCCCAACCCAUGGAAAAUAAUUUAGAGAAGAUCCUAGCUAGAAAGUCAAAUUCAUUUGAACAAUUUAUGAAGGAAAUCAUCAAAGUAAUAAAUUGUAUUACUCCUGGAAAGGUUGUUCUUGUUGGGUAUUCGAUGGGUGCAAGAAUGGCACUAUACACUGCCCUAAGACAUAGUGAGAAGGUUGCAAAAGCUGUAAUAAUAUCAGGAAGUCCAGGUCUAAAGGACUUAAAAAUGAGAAAAUAUCGAGCUGCUCAUGAUGAAGCUAAAGCAUCUUAUCUUGCUAAACAUGGACUAGAACACUUUCUGAAGUCCUGGUAUGCAAGAGAUCUUUGGGACAGCUUUUGCUGCCAUCCUCUGUUUGACCAAAUAACUCAAAGUCGUGCGAAGCAUGCUGAUGUAAAUGCACUUUCAGCUUCUUUGUCAGACUUCAGCACAGGGAAACAACCGUCCCUCUGGGAAGACCUGAGACAUUGCAGGGUGCCACUUCUUUUCAUUGUAGGGGAGAAAGAUGCAAAAUUCCGAAAGAUUACUGAGCAGAUGUAUGCUGAUGUCACUAGAAAAGUAAAUACGAGUAGAGAUCAUCCUGUGAGCACAGCGACAUACAAUGAAGAAUGUGAGCAGGUGAGGGAGCUUCAUCGUGUACUUGUGGUACCCGAUUGUGGGCAUGCUGUUCACUUGGAGAGCCCUCUUCCUGUUAUAAAUGCCAUUCGGAGGUUCUCAAAUGGCUCUGACUUAAUGACCUGAUAACACCCCUCUACGUGUUGGGGAUAAAAGUUGGCUGUCAGGAUGGUUGAUGUUGAACACAUGGAUGGCAUUUCCUUCCUUAGAAAGAACGGGAUGCAUUGUCACACCUUUAUUUUCAGUUAACGUGCUCCAUCUUCUGCCAUGCAUCUUGGUCAUAUCUUGAGGACUUUAGCUUUGUGUACAUACUCGAGGGAGGUGAAGCUUGCAUUAUGCUUAACCAUCUGUGCCUCUUUUCUGCCAAAAUAUGGCUUUCUAGCAUGAAUACCUACUGAAAGAGGUCAUGCUCUUGAUCAUGGAAGCAUCAGUUGGUGGCAGUGUCCACGAAACGUAGGUGACUAUACAUUACCUGCAGAUAUGUAAUAUUCUAGAUGAUGGAUCACUGAAUUUCCUUCAGAGUGGCUUGUCUCUGAGCCUCUUGCAGCAUCUCAUGGGCCAUCUCCCUGCACAUUAUCCUUAGACGAGCUUGCUCCUCUGCUCGACUAUUUGAUACAUAAUAUUUUUGUUAUUUGAUACAUAAUAUUUUUAUUGUGACGGUGUUUCAUUUUUCUAAGUGGAUCCGUAGUUCACCUACAAUGAUGGGUUGUUGAUACAAGGCAAAUAUGAGAAAAUACUGGGUUC